AUGUACCGGUCUCUGUACGCCUUCCGAUCCGCGGAGCCCAACUCGCUGCACUUCGCGGCCGGAGAAAGCUUCCUAAUCCUGGAAAGGAGCAACAAACACUGGUGGCUGGGGUCCCUCUGCAGCUCGGGGGAAACCGGCUACAUCCCAUCGUCAUACAUCGAAAAGAUACAGGCUCCGGAGCAGGAUGAGGUGUUGCAGUCUAUUGACAGAGCAAUUGAAGGCAUCCACAACGUGGCCUUAAAAAACGGAGGCAAAUACAAUCUGGAACAGAGAGAUGUUCUCCAAAAGUUGAUCCAUCACAGAAAGGAGACGCUGACCCGACGAAGUUCCUCUGCCUCCAGUAACAAACAAGGCCUCCCAUCCUCCAGCAGCGAAAUAUCCAUCAGUCAAACUCCUCCUCCGCCCAACGGCCUUACCCGGGACUACGGCCGGCAGGGGAACGUGCCGUUGUCCCGAAGCAGGGACGACAUACAGGCGGAACCGGGUUUCUAUCAGGUGCCUCCUCAAGCUCGACGCGCGGCUCCAAUCACUCCACCCCCCCCUGAGAAACAGCGCAACGGCCGGCGUCCAGCAGAGCCAGAGGUCCCCUCCAGACUGUCCUCUCUCCCUCCGUCCCCCGCUCCCUCCCUCGCGACCAGCACCGCCUCUUUAGAGUCUGGCUCCACCCGCUCCCUGGUCUCCUCCGAUGUCAGCUUGCCAAGUGUUUCCAGCACCCCCCCUCCUCCCGUGCCGUCCCGCGUGAAGCCCGCUGCACUGCCCUCCGACUCCCCUUCUCAGCCGCCUCCUGCGAAGAAGAGCCCAGCCCCGCAGCCUCCCGGUGUCACCCCUCCUCCCUCGCGGCCCCCCGCCGAGGAGCAGCCGGAGAGCGACUGGCCCGUUGCCCCCCCUUCCAUCGCCGAAAGCCCCCCUGGCAGCCCCGCAGCUUCUGAGCCAGUUCCCAUGACGAUCGGGGCCGAGCUGAUCGAGCUGGUCCGGAAGAACACGGGCUUGAGUCACGAGCUGUCGCGGGUCGCCGUGGCCGUGGUGGUCGGCCACCUGCAGGCCGCCUUGCCUCCAGCCUCGUCGGAUUUGGAGCAAGUUCUCCUCUCGCUGGUGAAGAGCAAGGAUGUGAGUGCAGCGCUGCCGCAGGGUCAGGUGUGUCACGAUGAACAGAGGCUGGAGGUGAUCUUCAGCGACCUCGCCCGACACCGGGACGACUCUCAGCAGCGCAGCUGGGCGCUCCAUGAAGACCACGCUCUCAUCGCCUGCUACCUGGAGGAGCUGCUGAAGAUACUGACUGAUGCAGAUCCAGAGGUCUGUAAGAAGAUGUCGAAGGCCAACCACUACGAGAAUGUGCUGUCUCUGGUUUCAUACUAUCAGAUGGAGAAUCGCGUCUCUUUACGGCUGCUGCUGCUCAAAGUGUUCGGGGCGAUGUGCAGCCUGGAUGCUUCUCUUAUCUCCACCCUCCUCAACUCCAUCCUCCCGAUGGAGCUGGCCAGGGACUUACAGACUGACACACAAGAGCAUCAGAAGAUGUGUUACACUGCUUUAGUACUCACUAUGAUCUUCUCCAUGAGCGAACAGGUGCCAUAUCAUCACUACGAGCACUUGAAUGCGGACUUUGUCCAGUUUCUGCUCGGUGUGGUGGAAGACGGACUUCCCUCUGAUCCCACGGAGCAGCUGCCCGACAUCUUCCUGAACCUCCUGCUGGCCUUCAACCUGCACCACACAUCACCCGGCAGCAAUGUGAUAAUGCAGGAGCUGAAGAAGAAGAAUUUCAAGAUCCUGUCAGAGAAAGUGCUGCUGCUUCUUAACAGAGGCGACGACCCUGUGUGUAUAUUCAAACACACGCCGCCUGCACCGCACUCGGUGCUCAAGUUUCUGCAGGAUGUUUUCGCCAGCCGGGAGACCGCUGACAUCUUCUACUGCUCUGACAUGAUGGUGAUGAUUGACAUUGCUGUUCGACAAAUAUCUGACCUUUCGCCUGGAGACAAGCUGAGGAUGGAGUAUCUCUCCCUCAUGCACUCCAUAAUACGCUCGACGGACUACCUCGAGCACCAGCACCGCCUGUCCGACCUGCAGGGGGUGCUGCAGAGGAUUCUCAGGGAGGAGGAAGAUGCAGGAGAGGACGAAGGGAGCGCCACAGCAAAACAGAUGGAUAAGCUGAUUGUACAGCAGAUCUACAAGGAGUUCCCACAGAUCAACGAGAACCACGACUGACGAUAACACCAACGUACUCACACACUCUGCUCCGGUCUACCGGAGGGAGGUACAGUAAAAUGCUGAAAAAACAAAGAGCUGGCAGUUAUUGGGACACCACUGUAUUCUGUGCCAUCAUGUCCUGAGACGAGCUAAUCAGUUUCGCCAAUGUUUUCGCGGACUCAAAGUCCAAAGCUGCUGCAUGCAUGUGAUGUUGGUAUUAGAAAAUGUUUUCUGUUUUUCACAGAUUCUUCUCUCUCAAGUCAAUUUCAUUUGAAAGCUAAGUAGGUAUUUCUUUGAUUCUGUGGCGAUGGUCAAGAUGGAAAAAUGUGUGACGAAUGCACGAGAAAAAACAUGAGGUUUAGUCACACUAUUAGAUUCAAAAUAGCGAAACAAUAGGCCAAAAUACUGGGCUGUUUCACAGUUAAUUCAUAGCAACAAUGACUUUAAAAUCAUUCAAUAACUUCUGUAUUUACUUAUAGUAUUAAAUAUAUAUUUAACCAAAUUUAUUUUACAAUAAAAUGAUAGAUUUUGAAUAAAAAAAGAGAUUUGAAGUCACGUUACAGAUAAAAGUGCCAUUAUUUGAAAUGUCGAGAGAAUAGGUCAUGUGCUUCCCUUGUAGUGGGACCGAAUUACUGUGUUACUGCAAGCAGUAUGAUCUGAACAGAGAAUAACACUUAAAAGUGACUUCGUCUUUCAUUCACCCCUUCAUUCAUAGAAUUAGAAUUAGUUAUUUAGGUUCACUAUUCUAGUGAGAGAAAAGCACACUGACUCAUGUGUUAUAAGCUUUGAGCUGAGGAAAUUAUUGCACAUAUUGAGUCUUUCCUGUAGCUCCGUCUGCAAUUUUCUCAGUCCGGUACCUUUGUCUCUUCACUGCUUAUCAAACAUUUUGAUGAUCGCUCUGUAUGUGCAUAUGCAAAGCUCCUCUUAACAUACAGAAUUAUUGAUCGUUCCUAGAUUAACCUUUGUAUGUUGCAUUCACAUUCAAACUAAUUGUGCCAUAAUAAGGCUUUACAUAGCAACUUGCAAUAUGCUCAAAAAUACCAAUAGUCUUGGCUUUCUGGAAGUAAUAAUAACUGCAGUUAUUAUUCCCCAAGAUGAUACAUUAAUCACUGUUGUUUAUUUCUAGUUAUUAUCUGAUGCUCCUAUUGAAAAACGUCCUCGUGGUUUUAAUACUUUAACCAUUUACCUUUCUUUGUUUCUUCCCAAUAAUGUAAUGAUUGAUGUCACCACCACUUACACUUUGACAUAUUUGUUUUUGUCUCUGGCAUGGCUAUUCUGUCUGGAGUUAAUGUAAUCCAGAAGUGAUAUCAGUUUUCAGUUAAUGUCCGAGGGUUAGUUUAUUGGUUAUUUGUGUGUCUGUUUACAGUGGGUGUGAGAGAGGUGAAGGUUCCUUCUUUCUAUGAUUAACAUUGUCUGCUAAAGUGCUACAACAGUGUUAUAAUCAAACUAAUAAAGCUAUAUUUUAACAGCGGGAGUA